AUGGCACCCCCGCGUCAACGCACCACAGCAGUGGAUGACUCGAGAUCCGAAGCCUCGAGCGGCACAAGGGACUACCCCAAAGCCAAUAAGCGCAGACCAGCAGCAAAAGAGAAGGUAUCGGUGACUAGUGCGCCUGCCAUAGAACAGCAGGUCGAAGAACAACCUCAACUCUCCUGGACAGACCUCCCCCUCGAAAUCCUCCACUCCUACCGCCACGUCCACAAACUCCCAACACCCUCCGCCUUCUCAAACGACUACUCCCGCAUGAUCCUCUCGCAAGGCGUCGGCCUCCGCUCCCCAACCUCCCUCGCCGCCCGUCGUGCCCAAUAUCACAACCAGAGGCAAAGUGAAAGUCAGACUCAAACCCAGAACUCCAACAGACCACACGCAUCCGACUCGACAUCACCCUCGGACUCGGCACUCCACCGCGUCGCAGGCCAAGACCGCGUGAGCAAAGACCAGUUCGCGCGUGUCGUGCGCAAGCACUUUAACAGUGCCGGUCUGUCGGAGCAGGAGACUAUUGCGCGGUUUCUGUAUACUGUGCGUGAGGACCGGAGGGGGAGACAGUUUCGGUUGCGGUUCCAGCCGUAG